AUGUCAUUCGUCAUGCAGAAUUCUCAACACAUUAUCAUUGCUGGCGAUUUUAAUGCCAAGAACUAUGAUUGGGGUUGUCCAGAAAUGAACAUAAAAGGGCAAAAAUUGAAACCAUGGCUUGAUGCAAAUAAAAAAAUACAUAUACAUAAUCAAGGUAUGAUAACAUCAUUAAGAUCGGAAACAACGAUAGAUCUUAUUAUAUCUACCGAGCAACAAAGUUCAGUUCAUUGUCAAGCAUUACCUUACUUUGGAAGUGAUCAUCUACCGAUAUUAACAGAAUUUACUAACAUUAAAAUAAACAAACAACAACGAAAUAUUCCAAAAAUAAAUUGGGAUAUAUACACAUCAAUUCUUACUAUACUCAAUCCAGAGAUCAAUCAAAUGAAACAAGAUUUAAACAUGAAUCCAAGUGAAUGGUUUAAAUUCUUUGAACAACUCCUUCAUGCAUUAAAACUUCGGUCAACACAUUGGCAUAUAAUAGAAAAAAUUCGUCCUUCAAUAACAAAAGCACUACGAGUCAUGCUGAAACACAAGCAUUAUCUUCAAAAUCGUUAUAGGCAUACCAGAUCUGAGGAAGAUAGACAAAGUCUACGUGCUUGGCACAAAUUAGUACUACAUGAAUUUAACCAACACAAAGUAAACAGGUGGAACAAGUUUAUCGACAAUGUGGCUUCUCCACAGCCAACAACCUUUUGGAAAACAAUUAAAAUCCUUAAUAAGAAAAGAUCUGUAGAAUUUUCUGCAAUAACAGAAAAUAAUAAAAUUCACAGAACACCUGAUCAAAUAUUAUCGUGCUUAACACAACAUUUCAAAGCGAGAUUUCAAGCACCCUCAACAGAUUUAACAGUAAAAACUGAUAAAGAAGCACUUGAUCUAUGGGAAUUACUUGAGCAAGCACAACCAGAAGAUAUUCAACUAAUUAGUCAACAAUCUGAUCUUACAUUUACAACAAAAGAAGUAUGGGAAGUACUGAAAUCACUUAAACCAAAGAACUCAUCUAGCUUCGACAAUAUUUCGAAUAAAAUGAUCAAGAAUAUACCUGAAGGUUAUGCACAAAUCCUCACAGAACAUUAUAAUGCUUUAUUUGCUGACUUAUUCUGGCAAAAACAAUGGAAGCAAUCAAGAACAAUCUGCUUCAAUAAAGUAGAAAGUGCUGCACCAACAACACAACAACUUAGACCAAUUUCUUUGUUACCAGUACUUGGAAAAGUAUACGAGCGACUUUUUCUUAUUCGAUUCAAAAAAUGGUUAUUUAAAUAUGGUAUACUGCCAUGGCAACAAUCAGGUGCUCGAUCCAAUCAAUGUACUACUUCUCGACUUAAUCAUAUGCUUGAACAAACAUACGCGUCACUACUGAGUAACACUUUCACCCCAAUAAUAUUCGUCGACUUCUUGCAAGCUUUUGAUCUAUUAUGGCAGGAGGGGCUGCUCUUGAAAUUAAAACGAUUAAAUUGUCCAUUCUCAUAUCUUAUUUGGAUAAAAAAUUAUUUUACUGAUCGAUCAAUGUUUAUAGAUCUAAAUGGACAAAUAUCAGAAGAAAUAUCAGUAAAAAGAGGUGCACCUCAAGGAAGUGUAUUUGGAGCUAUCGCAUACAUUGUAGCACAUCAUGAUUUGCAGCAAGUUUUUCAAAACCCCGAAAACAAUCACCUUUAUGUUGACGAUCUAGGGAGUGUUUAUAUACCUAGUCUAUAUGAAGAAUACAAAGAGCAAUUAACUGAAAUUCAAAAAAGAAUCAAUAAAGAUUUAAUUAAAUUACACGAUUAUGCAGUUGAAUGGCACCAGCCUGUCAACAGUAAAAAGACUGAAUACGUUGUAUUUGAUCGUGUAGUAAAAUCUCCUAAACUUAAAAUCUACUACAAUGGAAAUCAAUUAGAACAAAAGAAAAAUUUUAAAUACUUGGGAUAUAGAUUAGAUUCAAAGUUGUCUUUUAACUGUGUAGUAGUUGAUCAUUUACAAAAAUGCCGACAAACAUAUACAAUAUUAAAAUAUAUACAUAAUCGAUUUCCAUCUUUCUUCAAACUUAAACAACGUUUUUUUAAUACAUAUGUUUGGCCUCAUCUACAUGCAAUGUCUUCAAUUUAUUGUCUUUUAUCAAAAACUCAACGAGAUAAAAUCAAUGGUUUUUAUCGAAGAUGUCUUCGAAUUAUUUAUCAUCUAUUUCAAUGCUCAACAAACGAUCUGCACGGAGUCUUUCAACUUCCAACAUUAGAAGAAAAAUAUAGAAAAACUUUAACAAAACGACUAAGUAACAUUGAACGAUAUGAACAAGAAUUAAUUCAAUGUUAUUUAAUGCAUAAAAAUAUAAUAAAUACAACACGUCAUCACUAUCGCGAAAAAGCAAUUAUACAAGCGAUGCCAAUAGGUCGACCGAGUACGCGCAUGUUAAACUUCUACAACAAAUCCACAACAUACUUCGACAAACUCAUCAAUUUCUGUUACACACAUCAUACUCCAGAAGAACCAUAA